GAUCCAAUAAGCGUACAUUUCGUGCACGAGGUAAAUGGCCAUGUGCGUUUCUCGCUUCUCGUACCCUUGAAAACAGUAGUAAAGUUUGUUGGACAUACUGUGAAUAUUAUCAAGUUAUCAACUGUUGUUCGUACAGACUAAGACAAAAUGACUCAGUAUUUACCACCGAACCUUCUUGCAUUGUUUGCUGCAAGGGAUCCCAUGAACUUUCUCCCACCAGUGGAUAAAUUGAGCCAUGAAAAGAAGCGAAUACCUUAUGGUGGCAUUGGCUGUUUAUUGAAGGAAUUUGAGGAUCCCAAAGACACACCACCACCUACUAGGGUUGAAACUCGGGACGAAAAGAAGGAAAGGAAGAGAAAAGAGCGACAAGAACAACAUGCAUACAAGCUGGAACAAGACCUGGCUCUCUGGGAUCCAGCUGGAAACUUGAAUGGAGAUGCGUAUAAGACCCUCUUCAUUGCCCGAAUUAAUUAUGACACAAGUGAAUCCAAAUUGAGAAGAGAAUUUGAAGUGUAUGGACCAAUAAAAAAGAUCUCACUUGUCCAUGAUCGUAAUGGUGGGAAACCUCGUGGCUAUGCAUUUAUCGAGUAUGAACAUGAAAGAGACAUGCACUCUGCCUAUAAACAUGCAGAUGGUAAGAAAAUUGAUGGAAGGCGUGUUCUAGUGGAUGUGGAACGUGGCCGCACAGUUAAGGGUUGGAGACCUAGAAGGUUAGGUGGUGGUUUGGGUGGAACGCGUAAAGGAGGACCGGAAGUGAACACACGAUUCUCUGGUAGAGAUGAGUAUGCUAUGCGAGACGGCAUUCAGACUGAUGAGAGACGACCACGGUCUCGCAGCCGGGAACGAGAACGACCGCGGCGACGGAGCCGGAGCCGAGACAGGCGGCGGAGUCGGAGUCGGGAGCGAAGACGAUCACGCAGCAAAGAGAGACACAGAAUCGAGAUUCCUGACGGUGAUGAAGAUGAGGCAGGCAUUCGUAAGGAAAGAAAACGAGCAAGGAGAAGUAGAUCCCGUGAACGACGGAGAAGCCGAUCCCGCGACAGAAAGAGGUCGAGAAGAAGCCGCAGCAAGGAGCGGCGCCGCAAGGGAGAGAGGGGUGAGGGCGAUGAAUUCAUUCCUGACGGAACUAUCAAAACGGAAAAAACUGAAGAUGAUUAUUUGUAUGGAGGCCCAGAUUUCCGACAGCAAGAAUCCAAUGGGAUGGGCAAUCCUGACCAUUCAUUCCAGAACAACGAGGAGAAUGAAGAACCACCAUCGGAGGAAUAUGACAAAAAGGUAUUCAUAACAAAACCCGUUGAAGAGGAGUUCCCAUCUGCUUGAAGAUUGCUUAAGACUAACAAAUGAUGAAGAAGCUUAUAUUUUGUUUCAAAGUAAGAUUGAAAUAAGAUUGAUUACAGCUAACAGCCGGGGUGAAAAAUUGUUGUUUUCACAUUUUGCUAUUCACUAAAUUAACCUCGAUAUUGUAAUCUGACAAGUAUUAUACCUAGGGCUCUUUGUUAAAAAAUAUCAUUAAGGUAGAAAUGUAAACAUCUUUUAAUUGAAACAAAAAUACACUGCACAUAUGCCUUCUGAAAGAUUUUAAUAUCGAAUUAUUAGUUUAUAAAAUUGACCCAGAAUUCUUAGUGCAAUAAAAGAUUUCAUGUUGGAAUUACCAAUUGCUUUUUUUUGUCUGAUUUGUUUUAAGAUUGCACCAUUUGUUUUGUACACAGCAAGCAAAUAAUACAUUGGCAUUAUAGUAAUCAGUUUGUAUUAGUACUAAGUAGAUACAGAUUUAUCACUUCUGUAGAUUCUAAAUAAAUGAUGACAAAUAGACCAAAAUUAAAACAAUUAUCACAAUCUGGUACCUUUUAUAAUAUAGUGUCAACUCUUUGGAUUAAUUUUGUACAACAUCUAGACUUUAUCUAGUCUAGACUUUAUCUCAUUAAAUGUGUUCUACUUGAGAUAUGGCUGCUAUUGUAUCACUGGUAUCAAUGUCUGUGACCUAAUUAAAUUAUAUAAUUGAACUUUAAAUGUUAAAUAUAACCAUGGAUUUCAGUACUGUAAUUUGAUGAUGUGUCUAUUUCUUUGUAAAAAUGUCAUACUGUUAGAUAUAUAGAAAAUCAAUACUUCAAUAUAAAAGCAAUGUCCUAAGAGUUCAGAAUUUUCAAAUGAAUAAAAUAUCUGCAAUUAAAAAAGGGUUAAUUAUCUGGUACAUUUGUACACAGCUGAAUUGUUCAGAUUUUUUUUUGAUUUUUUUUUAAAGUGUGUUUAUAAGAAUCAAGUAGCGAAAAUCUUUGUUUACAGUGUAUUCUUGAAAAUAUACGGGGUUACAGAAACAUGGUGUUGAUUAAAUACACUGGGUUACAGAAACAGUACACUGGUGUUGAUUAAAUACACUGGGUUACAGAAACAGUACAGUGGUGUUGAUUAAAUACACGGUUACAAAAACUUGGUGUUGAUUAAAUACACAGGGUUACAGAAACAUUGGUGUUGAUUAAAUACACUGGGUUACAGAAACAGUACAGUGGUGUUGAUUAAAUACAAUUCUGAUACCAUUGCUGCUAACCAGGGUUAAGUGAUUCACUAGUUGAAAUGGUACACACUUUUUUUUGGGUGGGUAGGGUGGGGGUGUCUGUCACAAGUGUUAAAAAGCAACAUAAUCCUAAAGUUUAGUUUUUGUAGAAUUCAAUCCCUUCAUCAUGACAAUAAAAAGUGAUACUAUGAUAGUGAUCCUCAUGGUCUUUUGAAAGGUUUGUUUCUGAUUCAGGACUAAAAUAUUUUAGCCAUUACAUUAUUUUUAAUUUGAUACCCAACAUAUUUCUGGUUGGUGAUCAUAUAAAAUGUGUUAAUAUUUUCCAGAAAGUUGUUUCAUUGUAUAUAUUGUAUGUGUAAAAUCAUUAAAAUGUUAACAAUAAAAUGGGCUGUGUUU